AUGGCGCCCAAAACCCCGUCCUUUGCGACUUUUCUCAUCGUCUGCCCAACCUGUUUCUUCCUGGGCAUCGUCUUCUCUUCCUUCCCUUAUGACUAUCCCAUCCUGUGGUCCACGGAGCCCACGACGCCCGCCAACUACGAUGAUAUCGAGUCGCACCUGAAACUCCUCUACCUCUCCCCUCCCCUGAUCCAGCGCAUCCUGCACAUCGUCAUCUUCCUCGGUCUUGCCGGUAUUAUCUCCAAACUGUACAAACCCUCCGAAUCCAACAUGCUCUUCGAUGGCGCCUCACUGGUCCUCUACAUGUGCGGAAUCACCGUGUACAUCACCAACAUCGUCAAGGGACUCCGACUCGCCGCCCACGGUAAAUACGGGAACGACCUUGCCGUAACGCCGGAGGAUACGGAUAACAUCCUGGGCCGGGAGGAUUCCCUGAAAGUUCUCGCGGCCAGUAACACGAUUCUGGGUCUGGUGCUGGUCGGCAUCUUGGUCCUGCAGGCUGGGCAGUGGUAUGCGGAGCGGAAGAACGCGCAGGAGGAGGAGAGUUUCCGGAAGAGCCAGCGGGAGGGUGCCGCGGCUGGCUCGACGGGUGCGAACGAGGAAGGGAAGAAAGGAGAGAGUGUGCCAGCCAAGGCCGUUGAGGGUGGUGAAGCGGCUGAUGUUGCUGGUGCUGGGGUCAGUACGGCGGUUUCAACCGCUCCGACGCCCAGGGUGACUAGGUCUUCAUCCAGGAAGAAUGCUCGGUAG